UCAAAUCAUUUGUUUUUGUGUCAAAUAAAAUAUUUAUAAAAUCUUUAAAUUCAAGUAACAUUUAGGACAUCGCAAAAAUGAAUGCAAGUAGUAACAAGUAUAUUCAAGUGGCUGGUAGCAGUGCCGGAAUAACAAGUAGUGAUAAGGUUGUACAAGAUAUUUUAAAUACAUUUACAGACCUUAGGCAUUACUCCAGAGAAAUAGAAAAUGAAUUAAAAACUACAGAAAAUCAGUCUAUUAAAGUGUAUAUGAAAGAAAGCGAAAAUAUAGCAAGUUUACAUAAUCAAAUCUCAGCAUGUGAUCAGAUUUUAGAGAGAAUGGAAAAUAUGCUUUUGGAUUUUCAAAACGAUCUUGGAAGUAUUAGUAGUGAAAUAUUAACUUUACAACGCAAGUCAAUAUCAAUGAGUCAAGAACUGACUAAUCGACAAGCUAUCAGAGGUCAGUUGAGUCAGUUUAUAGAUGAUAUAUCAGUUCCAGAAACAUUAAUUGUUGGUAUAAUGGAUCUACCAGUUACCGAUAAAGAAUUUUUAACACAAUUACAAAUUUUAAAUCAUAAAAUUGGUUUUAUAAAAGAACAGAGUUUCAAAGAUACAAAAUCAUGUCAAGAUGUUAAAGAUAUUUUAGAGAAGUUAAGAAUUAAAGCCAUGUCGAAAAUUCGAGCAUAUUUACUAGAACAAAUCUCAAAAUUUCGUAAACCAAUGACAAAUUAUCAAAUACCUCAAAAUAAUUUACUGAAACAUAAAGGUCAUUAUGAAUUUUUACUUUCCAACGAAAGAAACAUUGCAGAAGAGGUUACAAAUGAGUAUGUAGAUACUAUGAGUAAAAUUUACUAUUCCUAUUUUAAGUCCUAUGAUAGUCGAAUAAUGAAACUGCAGUAUGAGGAAACUACCUCAAAAGAUGACUUAAUGGGUAUUGAAGACACAGCUACAAGAGGCCUUUUUAACAAAUCUCUGAAACAUAAAGCUACAGUAUUUACUAUUGGAAAUAGAGGAGAUGUAUUGGCACAACAGCUUGAAGCUCCUAUUAUAGUUCCUCAUGCAGAAACCAAAAACAGGUAUCCAUUUGAAUCAUUAUUCAGAAGUGUGCAAUACGCUUUAGUUGACAAUGCUUGCCGAGAAUAUUUAUUUAUAUGUGAAUAUUUUAUGGUAAAAAAUCAACCAGCACUGGACUUAUUUAACAAAAUCAUGGGAAGAACUUUAAAUUUAUUACAGAAAAACGUUGAAACUUACACAGCCAGCUGUUACGAUUCAAUUGCAAUAUUUUUAAGCUUUCAUUUGGUACUAAGAUAUAAAAUAAUGUGCCACAAGAGAUGCGUGCCUGCAUUAGAUGAGUACUGGGAAAAUUUGGAAAAAAUAUUACUUCCUAGAUUUGAACAUAUUGUUCAGUUAAAUAUUAACAGUAUAAGAGACUGUGAUGUCACUAAAUUCAAUUUAGAGUUGGGACCCCAUUAUAUUGCAAGGCGUUAUGCAGAAUUUAGUGCUGCGUUGGUAAGCAUAAGUGAAAAUUUUCCGAAUGAACUUGUUAACAAACUUUUGGCAGAACUUCAGGAAGAGGUUGAAAUGUUUAUUUUUCGAAUGGCUGGAGCUUUUACUGAACGUAAAGAACAGCUUAUAUUCCUCAUUAAUAACUAUGACAUGAUAUUAAAUAUUAUUAUGGAAAGGACAAGAGAUAAUUCAAAAGAGGCAGAAACAUUUAAGUCUAGAUUGGCUGCCAAAAGUGGGGAGUAUGCAGAGCAAAUACUAUUUCCUCAUUUUGGUGAAAUGAUACAGUAUGUUAAAGAAUGUGAACACUACUUUGAAAAUGCUAAGAUAAAAGAACUUAAAGAAAUGGAACCGAAGUCUGUAGAUAUUGUGCGGAAUUUCUCUACAAAUUGGAAAAAGUCUUUGGAGGAAUUGAAUAGAGAAGUGCUUCUUUCGUUUCCUAAUCUAGUAACAGGUUCAAGUUUACUUCAACUAGCAUUAACACAAUUAGUGCAAUAUUACCACAGGUUCCAUAAACUUCUAAGCCCUUCUGUUAGAUCUCAGCUUGUUAACAUUCAUCUUAUUAUGGUAGAAAUGAAGAAGUAUAAGACGUCUUUUUGAUGGCCUUCAAUGUAAUAUUUUGAAACUAUUAAUUAAAACAUAAAUUCCGUACUUAUUUUAAUUAUUGAUUUUACAUGUUU